UUCGUGGAGUACAGCAAGAUGAUAUAUCUAGACGCUGACAUUCAGGUUUUUAGAAAUAUUGAUCACCUAUUCGAUCUGCCUGAUAAUUAUUUUUAUGCGGUGUUGGAUUGUUUUUGUGAUAAGUCUUGGAGUAGCACCCCGCAGUAUAAGAUUGGGUACUGCCAACAGUGCCCCGAUAAGGUUCAAUGGCCCUCUGAAUUUGGUGCCAAGCCUUCUCUAUAUUUCAACGCUGGUAUGUUUGUUUAUGAGCCUAAUCUUGACACAUACAAUGAUCUCCUGAAAACACUUCAAGUCACAGAGCCUACUUCCUUUGCUGAGCAGGACUUUCUGAAUAUGUACUUCAGGGCCAAAUACAAGCCCAUACCUAAUGUGUACAACCUUAUGCUGGCCAUGUUGUUGCGUCACCCUGAGAAUGUUGAAUUUGAAAAAAUUCAAGUGGUUCACUACUGUAUUAAUGAGUCUAAGCCGUGGAGGUUCACUGGGAAGGAGGAGAACAUGGACAGACAAGACAUCAAGAAAUUGGUAGACAUGUGGUGGGAAGUUUAUGAAGAUCAGUCGUUGUCGUUGGACUAUAAUAUCCCUGUCAAUAUGGAAAGUUUCACCGGGGCGCUUUUGGAAGCUGGUGACGUUAAGUUUGUGCCAACUCCUGCCUAUAUGCUUGCUUAUAUUUAUACAGCAAUUAAGAUAGACGUUAUUUGCAUUUUCGUUUUUGGGUCUUCUAAAUAA